AUCUGCCUCGAAGACCUAGACGAUCAAAGCUUGGUCUGGAAGCUGCCGUGCCACCAUCUCUUUCACGCCGAGUGCAUUUCUCGCUGGUUCCGGAAGCACCACGACACCUGCCCGAUCUGCAUGGCCUCUUGUACCAGCAGCAGUCUUCCGCAAGAACGGCCGCUUCCUGACCUGCCCCCAAGAGCGAUCCUGGCUCCUUGA